AUGCCCAGAGAGAAACUGGAUUUCUAUGACCCUACAAGGCCUUGCCAAAAUAUCGCUAGAGUUAUUAAGGUCAAUAUCACUAAAGUUAUUAAGGAGUUUGGACCAUUUCUCACAUCAAGGCAGAUGACAGAGCUUUUGUUGACUGCUUUACUGUACCUAAGGGAAACCAGAAUUAGCUCCAUUGUGACAUCAUAUACUAUCACCCAUGUGAUCCUUGAGAACUACAAGCACAAAUUACAUAAGCAGGUACCAGAAAUCGUGCAUAAGAUCUACCAGCAGCUUGGCUCCAUCCACCAAUUCCAAGGCAGGCAAAUAAUGUUGACAGUUGUAUCUUCCUUGGCUCAUUCCUACAUGGCAGAAGUAUGCAGUGCCCUUUUACGGUGUCCUUUCCCAAUGGACAGGUUUGCUGCUGAUAUGUGGUGUGCAUUGACCAAAAUGAGCUCAAAUUUUGACCUUGUGGUCCUUAUGAACAUUCUGUUGAAAAAGCUGCAAGUGAACCCAAAGGUUACUGAAAAUGAUAUCAUUCCUCUGGCGAUACCUGUCCUGGGAUGA